AUGGCGGGUGAAGGGGGAAAUUCAGAAGCUGCCGAGAAGCAAAACUCAGUUUGUAGCUUCGAUCUUACAAAAUUGCGAGAAAAAGUUCGAAAUUAUAUAGACACACACCACUAUGACUCUGCACUUUUCUGGGCUGACAAGAUUGUAUCUCUUUCAAAUGGUGAUGUGGAGGAUGUUUACUGGUAUGCUCAGACACUGUAUCUAACCGGGCAGUACCACCGGGCUUCAAAACUGUUACGGACAGCCAAACUGGACAAGACACAUUCAGCAUGUCGAUACCUUGCAGCUCUUUGCCAUUACGAAUGUAAAGAAUGGCAAGAAUCAUUGAAUAUUUUAGACAUGGUAGACAACAACAAACUACGGUCUUUUACAGCACCAUGUCAUAGUGAAUCACACAUCGAUACAAACAAUAAAGAGCCUAUAGAGCAUUCUAUAAACUUGCUACGUGGUAAAAUUUACGAGGCCAUGGACAACAGAAACCUGGCAGUGGAAUGUUUUCGAGAGUCUCUACGACAGGAUGUGUAUUGUUUUGAAGCGUUUGAUCUGCUUGUCAACCAUCACAUGUUGUCAGCUCAGGAGGAAAGAGAAUUGAUUGAUUCAUUACCGUUUGCAUUGCAAUGCCCAGAAGAGGAAGUGGAACUUGUCAGAUUUUUGUAUGAAAAUAAAGUUAAAAAGUAUAAUAAGCCCCAGAAUCAAUCACUCCCCAACUCUCUGUGCGCCCUCAAGGAAAACUUAGAUGUGGUUGUAAACCUGGCAGAACGACAUUAUUAUAAUUGUGAAUUCAGAGAUUGUUAUAAAAUAACUUCAAUGGUGCUUUCCAAGGAUCCCUACAAUAGCCAGUGUCUUCCUCUUCAUAUAGCUGUUUUAGUGGAAUUAAAAAACUUAAAAGAAUUAUUUUACUUGGCACACAAGUUAGUGGAUCUAUACCCAAAUAAGCCGGUGUCUUGGUUUGCUGUGGGAUGUUACUACCUCCUAAUCCCAGACAACAUUGAACCAGGCCGUAGAUAUCUCAGUAAAGCUACUUCCAUGGACAGAGUAUAUGGGCCAGCUUGGCUUGCAUUUGGUCACUCAUUUGCAACAGAAAAUGAACAUGACCAAGCGAUGGCUGCCUACUUUACAGCGUCACAAUUGAUGAAGGGGUGCCACCUUCCCAUUCUUUAUGUUGGGCUUGAGUAUGGUCUCACCAAUAACAGCAAACUUGCUGAGCGGUUCUUCAACCAGGCCCUCAGUAUAGCACCAGAAGACCCGUUUGUUUUACACGAGAUGGGAGUGAUAGCCUUUCAGAAUUUGGACUGGAUGAAGGCCCAUCGUUACUUCAAGGAGGCCCUAUCCAAGGUAGAAUGCGUUAGCAACCAGGUGAUGGUUGAGAAGUGGGAGCCACUCCUUAACAACCUCGGACACACAUGUCGCAAACUCAAGCGGUAUGAAGAAGCAUUGGAUUACCACCGACAAGCACAGGUUCUCUCCCCUCAGAACCCCUCUACAUACUCCGCCAUCGGCUACUGUUAUGUGUUGAUGGGAAAUAACAUUAUGGCUGUAGAUUAUUUUGACAAGGCUUUAGGGAUCCGGCGAGAUGAUACAUUCUCCACCACUAUGUUAAACAAUGUGAUGGAAGCUCUGAUGAUAGAGAUGUCUCCAUGUGAUGACAUGCCAGAGGACAUGCAGAUCUCCAAAAAAAUUGUUUUUGAAACACCUGAAAGCAAUAAAGGUAGCCUUGCGGAUGUCCCUUCUGAAGCAGAGGCUGAUAGCAGUAGCAUCAUGGUGAUAGAGGAGCUUGAUAUGGAUGAGAGUGAUUGAUAUUAUAUUCAAACAUCUUUCUGAUCUUCAAAUUUCAUGUGAUACUACAAAGGAAAAAACAUCCAACUUGGUUACCAUUAAAUCUGAGAUAUUGAAGUAAUUAAAAUUUCAGACUUACAGGACUGGUAAUCACCUUACAUACUGGCAUAGAAAGUCUGUAAAUAUGCCUGGACAUGUCUAGUGAUGUCAGUGACAUUUCCAUAAAACAGCUAAAACUUGGCUAAUACAUUGAUUCCAAGUGUUGACACCUAUAUAAAUGGUUAUCUUAGAUAAAUACAGUCUUGGUUGUUGAAAUUUCUGAUAACAAGGUGUGUUAUGCUUAGUGAUGUUGCUCUUUAUCCUAACAGAGUUAACCGACUUUUUGUCAGUAAAGGGCAUUUCCUGCUCAUACUCUGCGAUAUAAUGUCAAAACCAUCUAGGUCGUUAAUUUUGUUUUAAGUCACAUUCUUGUAGUCCCAAUUAUUAUAAGCAAGAAGUACAUCUUUACUAAAUGCUGUCUCUCAAGUUGAAGAACCUGUACUAUCCUAAAACACAAUCUGCCAACCUGAGCAAUAUGUAUACAAGUCCACAGCAAUCUUGGGAUAAUUAUCCAAUUCCUGUCUGAUACUCUAAAUAGUCUUUUCAUUCCUAGCGGUUGAUAAACAACCAUCCUUAUCACUAUGACAUCUCUAAUCCCCUGACAUGAAAUGUUGAGGUUGCCAUGUUAUAGAUUUUGGGGUUGUGAAAUUCACAUAAUAUUCAGUACAUACAUGAACGCUACUUGCAUGCUGAUAAUUAAGUGCGAAGUUCAACAGUUCAUACCCGACUCAUUUUAAAGUGGUUUUGAAAGGCCUUUGGUAAAAACUGUUAUUAUAUGUCUCACAACAUACCCCUCUUUUCUAGUGUAUAUGCUCAUUAGAGACCUAUUACAGAAGUAACAGCAAUAAGUCUGUUGGUGUAUAUCACACACCACUCCUUUUCAUUGAUUAGGCAUUAUACAGUGACUGCUGCUAGUGAACUUGGCAAUCAUUGAUUGUACUCGUUAAACACUGAAUCACCCAAAAGGUGUUGUCAACUUCAGUAUUGCUUUUCUCAUCAUUGGUAUAUAUAUAUAUAUCCAAAAGGUGUGUGGUUAUAUAAGUCCAGCAGGGUUGGAGGGGAUAGAAUUUGUACAACAACAUUUAUGUUAUCAAACCAUGGGCCCCUGUGAUAUGUGAUAGUUUAAUUUGAUUCAGUGUUUGUUUUUUAAAUGUACUGGAGUAUAUGUCUUAUUAUUGAUGUACAAUAAACUUGACUUAAAUUAA